UUUGCGGGGGCGGUGCUUUUGGGCUGGAAUUCCUUUGAAUUCAGUGAGGUUGUCUCUGUGUUUGGAAAUUCCAGUGGAAAGUGACUGAUGCUGGUGACCCUUUCUCCUUUUUCAGCUCCUCAGUACGCAGAAAUAGGAGCACUUGCGGCACCAGCUGUCGAGCCAAAGCUAGCAUGGGAAGAGCCCCCUCCAGAGAGAGCGCUGGAGGUGGAGGGAGCUCCAGCCAAGGACCAGCCCAGCCAGGAGCUGCCUGAAAUCAUGGCACCUACUGUAGCCACUGGCCUUAAUGCUGGAGCUGAAAGCGUGGCUGGAGAGAGAAGUGGGAGGGAGGGGGUGACCAGCACAGCCCCAGCCAGCAGCUCCCAUGCUGCCCCUAGUCCUGGGCAUGGUGGCAAACAUGGAGGCGGAGACCAGGGCAUUCAGACUGGACUCCUGUACCUCGCUGGAGAGAGGCUUCUCUCAUUCACUAGAACCACAGCCCUGCUGCUGCAGGGCCUGUUUAUUGUGCUAAUGCUGAUGAGGUAUAUCUCUGUGCAGGUGGUGCUCGAGAGCAUUAAAAGAAGGCUUGGAAGAAGAGUUCCAGCAGCUCCUCCUGCUCUCAGAUGCAAUCUUCUCCUCCAGGCAUGGAUGUGUGUCUGCAACUGGGCAUCCAGGCUGUUUGCCCCUAAUGUGCUGCCCCAAACGGGCUUUUAACAGGUGGGCAGGGGUUGAGGGGACCAGGAGGUGGCUCCAAAGGGUACAGCAAGGAAAGCUUUUAAAGACAGCUGUUGUGCUCCAGGCUCUCCAUGCCGCCACCUGCCCUAGCAUUUAUUAAUAGUGUUAGAAUUACAAGUUUAUGAAAUGAAAUAUAAAUAAAGUUUGAUUUCUGAAACUUC